AUGUUCUCAAACCAGGGUGGGCGCAAGUCGGUCGAUAGCUUGUCGUCGACAUUGUCCGCCGGCCAUCGAACGGAGUUCCCAUUUCACGGCAAAGGACCGAGCAGCCCACAACGCCAACGUAGAGACUCGACAGCAAGCUCCAUCUAUUCGGUGGGCGGAUCGCUGGACGCCUCCGCCGGUUGGACCAGCGCCGUCUUCGAAUCGGGUCAGAAUGCCAUCUCCACGCUGUUGCAACCCCCUAUAGUCCGGACAGGCCUGCUUCCACAUACGAGCGCCCCUGCUUCGAGCGCGCACAAACCUCCGACCGCCCGAGACAUACCUCCCGUGACACUUACGAAUGUACCCCACGUCGAUGCUUCCGAGUUCAGACCAUACCUCUCCCAGGUUGGGGCGUUAUAUGAGCAGUUGCGGCGAAUCCAAGCCGAGGAAGACGAGAAUGCGAACGCCUCGAACCGACGAAGCACCAAAGCUGACGAGGCGCCCGAAACCCCGGUGGACGAGGGUCAUUUGCGCCCUGCAAGACGGCCUGGCUUGUCGUCGAGGAGAACUUCGACUGCAUCCAUCUCGUCCCUCACCUCGAUAGACUCGCCCACUCUUCCUCGGCGGCCCAGUUCCGGUCUCAGAACCCGACAAGCGCAGGGACCACCACCUUUGUCGACCGUUCCCGCUGUAUAUUUUGAGGAGGACUUUCACCUUGAGAAUCCACGGACUUUUGAUGUAGUCAGCGAGCGAUCCGAGGUGGUAAGGCCCGCGCCGGGGGAUGAUAAAGGGGGACCGAAUGGACAAGCUGCGGCGCCUCGGAAGGCUCUAGCGACCAAUGCGAUCUUACAGGAGAAGCUCUCGUGGUAUAUGGAUACGAUUGAAUGGCAUCUGAUUCAGUCCAUCUCGACGGCAUCAACGACUUUUUUCAGUGCGCUGGGUUCUCUGCGGGAACUGCACUCGGAAGCGGCCGACUCAGUAGAGAGGAUCAAGGCACUGCGCAAGGAGCUGGAAAACCUAGACGAAGAGAUUGCUACAGGGGGGCUCAACAUCAUACAACAACGGCGGAGGAGGGAAAAUCUGAAGCAGUUACACGACGCCGUCACACAACUCCGGAAAAUAGUAGACGGUGUUGCCGUCUGCGAGUCCCUUGUGGAUGCUGGAAACAUCGAUGAAGCUUUGGACAACAUCGAUGGCUUGGAGAAGCUCAUCGCUGGCGAAUUGCCCGAGGGUGGCAGUCAGUCUGGAGUGAGUCUGGUGGACCUGCGGGGUGCCACAGCUCUCCAGGGCGUGAGCAACGAUUUGUCUACUCUGCGAUUCCGGAUCGGAAAGGCAUAUGAAGGAAGGUUUCUCAACACUCUGCUUACGGAUCUCCAAAACCACGUCAAACAGGUGUCUGCGCAGGAGGUGCUCAUGCGUUGGAGUAGUGCUUCGAUGCGAGCCCGCGGCGCCCACAGUCGUGAACCAUCGGCGUUCCCGUCUUAUAUGGCGGCGACAGACAUUCUGAGGAUAGAGCUGUUGCCUAGUCUGACGGGGCUGCAUCGGGCCAAGUUCAUCACUGUGGCCGCGACUGCAUAUCGCGAGGCAGCGAUGAAGGAGAUCAAAGCCAUCAUCCGACGGCCGCUGCCUAGCUCCAGCGAUGACGACGACACGGCGUCGAUGAUGUCGAUGCAGUCCAGCUCGACGAUGAACCGAGGCGCCAGUCCGCGGACUCAGCAGGACCGGUCCAUACAGUUGGCUAGAAACCUGCGAGCAUUGGACCCUCUGGAUGCCGAAACCUUGCUGGUAAAGAUCUACAUUGGUGUUACGGAGGCUCUCAGGAGAUUGAGCACGCAGAUGAAGGUCUUGUUGGAUGUUGCAAGCACGAUAGGCGACGCAGGUCCAUCCGGGCUGAAGUCGCCACCGCUCAGGUCGCCCCCUAUGAGUCCUCCAGCAAGACCACCAUCGAGAGCUGCGGUCGAGGCCCAGGAGGAGAUCCAUGCGGCUGUGGAUAUUUCCAAUUUUCUCGGGCAAGCGAUUGACGCAGCUCAGGAAAAGAUUGUCAAGGUGCUUCGGGUACGGUCUGAGCAGAGCAAACGGCUGGAUCUUGUCUCCUUCCUGCGGUACUUUACCCUCAACCUUUACUUUGCCAACGAGUGCGAGGCCAUAUCUGGACGGAGCGGCACGGCACUGAAGACGCUAGUCAAUGGUCACAUCACAGACUUUGUCAAACUCCACGGCGACGCACAAACUCAAAAGCUCGCCCAGGGCAUGGAGUCAGACCAGUGGAACGCGGCUGACUUCACCGAGAAGGACACGGACCUGCUGAGUCGGAUUCUCGAGUGCAGCACCAGAGAUGCUGCCGCGUGGACGGAGGGCACGCAGGUCUGGCAUCCCCAUCCGGACGCGCCGCAGGAAAGGAGCGAGGCCAACGGCGGAGGAGAUGAACCAGACGUCGUAUCCGCCCAAGCAAACGGCGGCGGCAGCCCUGCUGCCACGAGAAGCAGAACCCGCAGCGCUGUAAUCGAAUCCGAGUCUUACCUCCUCCCCAACUCGGCCAUCCUCUGCAUGACGGGCAUGGAGAAUUUCUUGCAGCUCAUCACCUCGAUCCCGUCCAUGACAACGGACAUUUCGUCGUCCCUCAUCGCCUACCUCCAGCUUUUCAACUCGAGGUGCAAGCAGCUCAUCCUGGGCGCGGGAGCGACUCGGUCUGCUGGGCUGAGAAACAUCACGACCAAGCACCUCGCUCUCGCGUCCCAGGCGCUGGCUUUCAUGGCGGCUAUCAUCCCGCAUGUUCGGGAGUUUGUCCGGAGGCACUGCGCCGGGUCGGUGGAUACGUCUACGAUGGGGGAGUUUGACAAGGUGAGGAGGGACUAG